AUGCCGUACCUAAUGGAUGAAGAAGUCUCCAGCGAUGAAUCAGUUGAAUGUGAAGAUGUGGAAAUCGAUUACAAAAGUCUAUCCAAAAGUGCAACAGAGCCAUCAAGUCAUACAUCUUUAGCUCAAAAAGAUUCAGCUAAAAAGCAGAAAAAUCCAAGUGCUUUGCAUAUGAGUAAAGGGAAAGUGUUGAAUUAUCUCCGGAUACCGAAAGCUGUUGAUUUCAUGUCUCCAGACUUAACCGAAUAUGUUACGGAAACACAAAGGGCAGCCCUAUUUGCACAACUUAGAGCUAAUAAAGACUAA